CACUGCUAGAUUUAGGUCGCUAGUCCAGCGUCUUAAAAUUAUUGAAAUUUUGAGAAAAAAAAUAAUUGAAGAUGAAUAGCGUUAUUACAAUUUUGCUAGUUUGGGCAACUUUUUUGGUUUGCAGCGCUGAACUAAUAAGGUAAGUUUCUAUGAACUUAAGAAUUUAAAAAAAAAUCUAUUAUGAUAAAAGCAGUCCAAUUAUAAUCCGUGUAUUUUCUAUGUUGUUGUUUUUUUUGUGUGUUCAUCAAUGAGACUCUGUAACUGUAAGAUAGUUUUAAUAUGAAAGAUUGCGUUCAAGCUCUGUGAAGGAAAUAGAAACUAGUUAGAAAUAGAACACUUAAGUUUUAAGUGGUUGGGGGAGGGGGUCAGUACGAUGUUUUUGUUAAGAGUUAAAUAAUGAAUAGUGAGCAUUUCCACAGAAUUCAACUGAACCGCAUGGAAAGUGCUCGAACCAGGAUGGCCAAGUUGAAAUCCGGGAAACUUCUGCGGCACCUGACCGGCAAAUACGCUGAGCCUCACUAUGAGCCACUCCAAAACUACCUGGACGUAAGUGACAUGAGAUAACUUUAUAAAGUUCUUCUGGCAGAUGACAGACUAUAAUUUCGGCUGAUAUGUAACAAAAAGUUUGUACAUGCCAAUUACAUUAUUUGUCCAAUGAAAUCCAGAUCUUGAUCCCCCCCCCCCGGUCCCAAUCACCCUGGGUUGCCAGCCGUCAGUUAAGUAACGUACUUUUGACCUAAAUUAAGUUGUCCGCGAAAGUCUCUAGGUCGUUUGUAAAACAUUAGACAUUGUACAAAUAAAAAAUCAUCAUGCUUCAUGGACGUUUGACAUAUAGUCAUAAUCCCUCACGGUCAUUAACACAUAGUUAUCAUUCGCCAUUAUCAUACCACACAUUUUCAUAGUAAAAUAGUCAUACAGAGGUUUACAAAUAUCUUGUAUCUUAAAGUUUAUUGUACAAAUGUUUCCGUCAAAUUUAAGUGGAUAUUUAAACAUUAAAAUAAUCCUAAACAUCAAAUGGCAGGACAGGGCCCCAGACACAAGGGUACUCGCACAGGCAGGUCUACCCAGCAUCUUCACCACUUCAAUGCAGUCCCAGCUUCGCUGAGUGGGACAUGUGCGAAUGUCAGAUGACCGCUUGCCCAAAAGAACAUUCUAUGUUGAGUUAGAGCAUAGUAGAUUGGUUGCUGUUGGUCAGAAGAAACGGUACAAAGAUAACCUGAAGGUUUCACUUAAAGCGUUCGAUAUCAACCCGGACACAAGAAAAGCAUCGGCAAAGGAUCGAGACCCGUGGCGUUCCUCUGUACAGAAAAGUUCAUUACACCAUGAAUCAGAACAAAAAACACCAACCGGAAGGCCCCGGUUAACUCUGCCCCUGGAGAUGUCCCCUUCAAUCGCCUGCACUUACUGCACAAGAACAUUUUGUGCCAGAAUCGGUCUCGUCGGCCAUCUGCGCAGCUGCAGCCACUGCACAAGAACAUUUUGAGCCAGAAUCGGUCUCAUCAGACAUCUGCGCACCUGCAGCCACUGCACAAGAACAUUUUGUGCCAGAAUCGGUCUCAUCAGCCAUCUGCGCACCUGCAGCCGAGCUCACGAUGAGCAAAUACGACGAGUUAGGUGGUCAUAAUCGAUUUCGACUGACAAACAACCAACCGUGCAGCAGUGCACAAAGGAAUCAAAAGGCAGAACAUGUGUGAAAUGAAACCGUUGCAAGAAAAACAAAACAGCAUAGCAUAGUUCCUGCGGUGUGUGUCACACUAGUGAAACAUUGCAUAGUUCCUAGUGAUACAAUGAGAUGUGACUAUACCGAAAAAAGGAUUCCAUUCCAUACGACAAACAUGUAUGUGUCGGGUUCUUAAAUGUUAGCAGUAUGUUUAUAGGAUGCGAAAGUUUGAGAACCCCCGAGAGUGUUGAUCUGAGCAGAAUAUGUUUAGGCUAAUUUGAUGUUUUAUUAAUAAAAUUUUAAUAACAUAUUUAGUUAUUAAUAUUAAUAAAAUAUUUAGUAAUCAUAAGGUCUCUUUUGAAAACCAAUUAAGAAUUUCUAUUAGAGGAUAUUAAUUGAAGGAAUGCGUCCAAGCUAUGUGAAGGUAAUACUACAAAUGUUAUGUCGGAGCUUGAAUCCAAAGACAGGACAGUAAGAGAAAAACGUUCCGACUUAGAGCCUUCUUAAGCUGACAGGACAAGUGAAAAUGCUACAAAAAAAAAAAUAUAGUUUUUUUAACUUCUCCAUUUCUUGUUGUAUUUUCAUUUGUCUUGUAUGCUCAAGAAGGCUCUUAGCCGAAACGUUCAUAUGUUAUUGUCCUAUUUUUUUUUUGAUUCAAGCCUCCAUAAACCUCGUCCUACUAUUUCCUAAGAAGUUCUACAAUAACUUUUUCAAAAACUAAAAACAUAACAAAUUCGACGGACACCUCAUUUUUACAGUAACUAACACCAUCUCCACCUAUCACCAACGACAUCCUCAUCCAAUUUCCAUGCCCCCAGGCUCAGUAUUAUGGCGUCGUCGGUAUAGGGACACCAGAGCAACUGUUCAAGGUCGUAUUUGACACCGGCUCAUCCAAUCUUUGGGUUCCAUCGGUCAGAUGUGGACUCUUCAACAUCGCUUGCUGUAAGAACCUAGUUUUAAAUAAAUUGUUAAUAAUUUAAACCAAGGUUUGUUAUUGGCUGUAGUAUUCAAAUUUUUUGCUUUAAAAAAAAUAAAUUUAAUCGACCUAUGCCCCCAGAAUAUAACUGGACCAAUGCUGUUUUGUCAAUUACUACUUACGUAAUCGUCGGCCACGUAAUUGAAGGAUGGAGGUCAAGGUUCGCUUUGGAGGACAUAGAAAUAUAACUUAGCGAACAUUUAUUUGUGAAUUAGACAGCUAUAGUGCAGUAACGUGAGAUUGAUAUUAUCUUAAAGAAUAUAACAAGUAGCAAAACCAUUUUCAGAUACGUUUUAUUAAAUUAUUUAAAUAACAAUUAAAUUUGUCACUAAGAAAUCCAUACAUUCUUUUAAGGGCUACUUUCCUCAUUCCUUUGAUACCUUGCAAUUUAGAAUUUCUUCAUAUCUCUACUACUUUCAAAGAGUCUAUUUACUCAUUUUGCUGAAUAUUGCUAAAUUCUUCAUUCAUUUGUGAGCUUUUCGAUGUAUCUAGAAUAACUGAUUUUAUUGUACACCGUUGGUAUCUCUCCCCAGUACUUCACAACAAAUACGACAGCUCCAGGUCACACACUUACCGUGCUAAUGGCACAGAAUUUUCUGUCCAGUAUGCUAAAGGAGCUCUGAGUGGUUUCCUGAGUCAAGAUGUCGUCAGUGUAGGUUAAUUUUGAUCUCCUCUGAUAACUUGCAUUGCUGGGACCACGAAUCCUUUUUAACGUUACUACAUGCAUUCACUGAAAAUAUGAAUGAGAUCGUCUGUGUGUGAAUGUGUGUGUGCAUAAAUGUGUGUACGUGUCUGUGUAUGUAUCUAUGUGUGUCUGAGUUGAUGAGUGUGUGUGUGUGCAUGAGUGAGCGUGUGUGUGUGUGUGAAUGUAUAAAUAUGUGUGUGUGAGUUUGUGAGUGUGUGUAUGUGCGAAUAUGUGUGUGUGUGAGUGUGUGUGAAUGUGCGUUUGUGAAUGUGUGUGUUUUGGGGUGGGUGUGUAGUAUGUUUACCUAAUACCGUAACAUGAUACAUUGUUUCUGUCAUCAUGCAAUCAUUAAUUGCCAGUACAUUUUAGUUUACAUUUUUAGUUUUAGAUGAUUAACUCUUUGACAAUGACAACUGCCUCGCAACUGUCACACAUCUUCUAAAAGUACAUAGAUAAUACACAAAAUAUACUAAGUACAUUCAACAUUGAACAUCACUCUCAUGACUCUCCCCAACCCUUGUCAUCCUACAUUCCAUGACAUUCCUAUUUCUGCCCUUCCAUUUCCAAUCGUCUGAUUAGGUUGCUGGGGCCAAGGUCACCAAUGUCACCUUUGGAGAGGCCAUCGAAGAGCCCGGCACGGCCUUUGUGUUCGCCAAGUUUGACGGAGUUCUCGGCCUGGCCUAUAAGUCCCUGGCCGCCGCUGGCGUCACACCGUUCUUCGUGCAGGCCGUGGAGCAAGGCGUCGUUGACUCGGCCAUCUUCUCCUUCUACCUUGGAACGUGAGUCUCAUUGAAAAUGCAUUUUUAUACUUUGAAUCAAUAAAACAUUUGAAUAUAAUGUGUAAUUUGAUUAAUUUUAUAAUAUUUAAUCUGUCAAGUUUUCCAACCAAUAAUCUGAAGGCGAUCAAAUCUAAUUUUCACUCAGAUUCUCUUUCGAUUAUUUCAACAAUUUGCCAAGUUAUCUUUUUAAACUCUUCGUUUAGUGACGCUGACGCCAAAGUGGGCGGUGAAUUGGUUCUAGGCGGUAUCGAUCCUCGUCUCUACUCAGGACCUAUAACAUACGCUUCAGUCAUAGAGCAGAGAUGGUUCUCAAUCCAUGUCUCUGGGUAAGUCCAGUCGUCCACACAUGUCAAGACGCCACCAGUGCCAUUGUUUUCUUAAUGCUGAGUUUUAAGAGUUCAAGCUUAAUGUUUUGUUAUUAUAAUAUUACGUUUAUUUAAUUGAAUUUUUGCUAAAAUAGCAAUAACAAAUGUGUGUUUAUUGCACAGUAUUCAGGUAGGGGGAUCAGGAGCAGGCUACUGCGGCAGUAAGGGCUGUAAAGGAGUUGUCGAUACCGGAACAUCCCUCAUGUCAGGGCCAACAGAGGCCAUAUUGGACAUCUACGACAAAAUAGGAGUUGUGCCUGGACCAGAUGUAUGGGUGCUUUAACAUUUCCAUUUUAACUAAUUUAUUGUAAAUCACGACAUUUAUAAUUAACUGUUUUAUUUUUUAAUCAUAAUUAUACAUUAACAAGAUGUUGGUGAUUUCAAUAUUUUGUUAUUACUUUCCGAGGAAGAAGUGCCUGAUUUCCAUAAUUUAUGCCCAGUCUACAUAAGCCUAGCGCCUCCAACAUCUAGGGGGCCUUACAAUUCAAGAAUAAGAAAUUAAUAGAUUCCCGCGUUUGAAAAAGACAAAAAACAAAAAAAAUUGACAAAUAUAUCAAUUAAGAUAAUUUUUUUUUAAAUGUGGAACAUUUAAUAGAAAAUGAAGGAACAUUAAAAAACCUGAUAGUGAAUAACUCAAUAGCAGAAACCGAAAAGAGGCAUGUGGUGCUAGGUGGUGGUAGGUGGUGGUAGGGGGUGGUAGGUAGUGCUAAAUGGUGGUAGGUGGUGGUAGGUGGUGGUAGAUACAGUUUGUGCUACGUUGUGCUAGGUGGUUGUAGAUUUAUGGAACAAGAACUAAAUAAGCAUGUAGCGGAAAACUGAUUUGGAGAUGUUUGUUGGUGUUUUAGUGAUUUGACUGUGGAUUGUGGAUCUAAUCGUUAGGAUAAAAUAGGUCGAACUGGAGCUGGUGUGACGUCAAUCAGUUGCAAUAAACUACCAGUUGUCACUCCUGGAAGAAUUCUGCAUUGUUACAAAGACUGUCUUAAUGAAAAUUCCAUAGAAUAUUUGCUGCCUUCAGCACAUAUCAACUGACCAGUUAACUAGACAUAUUUUGCCAUGUUAUUAUUUUACAAUGUUAGAUGUUAAUCCAUUUUUUUAUCUUGACAAAAUUAAAUUCUUAUUAAAACAACUUAAAUAACAAGAUAAAUAACAUCAUAUAACAAGUUCUUUAUAUCAUAAUUUUACAGUUAUUAUCUUUACUAUCUUGUACAAACCCAAACAGUUUACCCUGCCUGACUGUCGAAUUAUCUCCAAACUACCAAACGUGACCUACACCAUCCAAGAUCGAGAGUUUGUGCUAACUCCAGAGGACUACAUUGUUGUUGUAAGUUAACCAGAAGACAAUGAAGCAUCUUUUUUAAGAGUCUUAAAAUGUAAAACGUCAUCAUCAGUGGCGCUACUAUCUGCUCCACCACAUCCUUCUGUGAACCCCGAACUGGUGUACGUCCUUCUCUGCAUCGCCAAUUCAUCUCAGAAUUGGUCAACCAAGGCUUCUGCCUGUAUAUCACUUUUGCUGCCUUACAGUCCGGGAUCCUUUCCAAUAUGUCCUGCUCAGAGCAGUCUGCCUUUUUAUUUUAUUGUUGUGACUAUGGGUGGGUUUUUCUACAAUUGAUGUAUCUCUUGGUUUGUAUGGAUUCUCCAGACGUCAUUGUCCAUCACUCGGCCGUAUAUCUUCCAGAGACGUCUGAAAACAGUGAGAUGCGGGGAAGAGGAAAUGUCACGUUUCUCAGUGUCGGACUGGGAGUAGUGGCGUGGGUUUUAAGGGACAUAAGUUUGGCUAUCAGACUGUGAGGAGAAGUGAGAAUAAGUUUGGUCCUGUCAACAUUGUCGCUCGGACAUGACCUGAAAGCAUCAACGCGGGUAACAUUCCUAACCCUUUGAAGGGCUUUGUCCCAAAUGUUAUCCUCCGACUGGCAAAGUCGACGAAGUCGAAGUAGUUCAGAAAAGGAAAUUGAGUCUUUACAUGAUUAAGGGCGGGAGGAAGUGAAGAGUAAAUAGCUGCUGCUGUCAGUAGUUUUAAAGUAGGUGGGGGUGACUAGACUGUCUUUGUAAAGGGUGAAAGCAAUGUCCAAAUAGUUGACUGAGAUCUCAGAGACAAGAGAUUGGAAUUUAAUGGAGGGGUGAAAAGAGCCAACAACGAAGUGAAUGAAUAGGUCAAGUUCAAUCCUCUCCAUAGUGGUGACCCCAAGACCAUCACCAAUGUACCUGCUAUAGCAUUCAGGGAGGCGUCCAUUGUAGUUGCUAUCCACCAUGUUUUCAAAAUGUCCCAUGAACAAAGGUGUGGUGGUCUAUAAGGAUGUUGUCAUCAGUGUGCGUGUUUCAUGACAUUAAGAUCUCUUUAAAACCACUCCAUGUAUUAAUAUUAAUGAUUAGCAUAAUCAUCACUGGCAUUCUUUUGUUGGUUUUAAAGAAACACUAAACUUAACUAAAUAAUAUUUUUUCCACUAUGUGUAUGCGCACGAGAGCGUUCAAUCAAAACGUACAUUGGAUUGCCUUUUGUUGUUGGGCAAUGGGCUACACAUCACUGUACUUCAUGUUCAUUAACACUGCUGGAACGCACCCCAUUUUACAUUAAACUUAAGCAUCCCAAGCGAUCCCCCAGGUUACAGAAUUAAACGUACCUGAGCAUCCCACGCGAUCCCCCAGGUUACAGAAUUAAACGUACCUGAGCAUCCCAAGCGAUCCCCCAGGUUAAAGAAUUAAACGUACCUCAGCAUCCCAAGCGAUCCCCCAGGUUAAAGAAUUAAACGUACCUCAGCAUCCCAAGCGAUCCCCCAGGUUACAGAAUUAAACGUACCUCAGCAUCCCACGCGAUCCCCCAGGUUACAGAAUUAAACGUACCUGAGCAUCCCAAGCGAUCCCUGAGGUUACAGAAUUAAACGUACCUGAGCAUCCCAAGCGAUCCCUGAGGUUACAGAAUUAAACGUACCUGAGCAUCCCAAGCGAUCCCUGAGGUUACAGAAUUAAACGUACCUGAGCAUCCCAAGCGAUCCCCCAGGUUACAGAAUUAAACGUACCUGAGCAUCCCAAGCGAUCCCUGAGGUUACAGAAUUAAACGUACCUCAGCAUCCCAAGCGAUCCCCCAGGUUACAGAAUUAAACGUACCUGAGCAUCCCAAGCGAUCCCUGAGGUUACAGAAUUAAACGUACCUGAGCAUCCCAAGCGAUCCCCCAGGUUACAGAAUUAAACGUACCUGAGCAUCCCAAGCGAUCCCUGAGGUUACAGAAUUAAACGUACCUCAGCAUCCCAAGCGAUCCCUCAGGUUACAGAAUUAAACGUACCUGAGCAUCCCAAGCGAUCCCUCAGGUUACAGAAUUAAACGUACCUGAGCAUCCCAAGCGAUCCCUCAGGUUACAGAAUUAAAGGUACAUGACUUACAAAUAAGUUUUCUUUUAACUAUGAAUUAUUAAUGUCAGUAAAGAAAUGUUCCUACCCAAAGAAGGCGCAGAUAGCGGCUCGUCUAUGUUGCCAGCUAGAUAGCAACACAAUUUGUUUACAUAUUCUUUUUUUGGGUUCAAAGUGAAUAGACUAAAAGUAUUGCCUACACAUAUUAUGACGUGUACUGAGAGGGCACCAAUUGUUCUCCAUAGCAACAAUCUGGGAGCAAGACCGAGUGCCUGAUUGGUUUCAUGCCCCUGGAUGUCCAGCCGCCUGAAGGCCCUAUAUGGAUCCUCGGUGAUGUCUUCAUCUCACAGUACUACACCAUCUUCGACAUGGAGAAACACAGGGUUGGCUUUGCCACAGCAAAGAGGCCUUAACACAGACUUUUUAAUACAUAUGUGUCUUGCUGUUAGAGUUAUCCGUGGUUUUUCUUAAGGUAGUUUGGUGUAUACUUUAUAUUUGUACUGUGUCCGGCUAUUACAGUCAUCAGUUGUUUUUGUUAAGGUAAUUUGAUGCAUACCUUAUAUUUGUACUAAGUCCGGCUAUUACAAGUAUCAGUGGUUUUUGUUAAGGUAGUUUGAUAUUUUCUAUAAAUUCCUGCUGUACAAUUAUGGUUAAUGAACAGUACGUGUGCACAAUAAUUCCACUGGCAGGAUCAAAUGCCAUCCGGGAAAGGUCAUGAUUUUUUUGCAACCCCUGCGGCAUAAAACAAAUUAUCUGCUGUUGGCACAAACUCUCGCCCCUCAAUAUCAAGAAAUAAAAGUGCUACCCCCACCACCCUCUUCCUUCGCCGCUGACCGGUUCAUAGAACACCAACAUAAAUAAGACAUACAUAGCAAUCGUGUUGUGUGCAGCGCCGGUAACUAAGGAAUUAUUUCCCUACUGUUUUAGAGUAAUGCGUUCUACAGUUAUCGCCUGUCAGCUGUGAUUAAAAGCACUGCAUCCUCCUUUCGACCAGUGGAUAGACGGUACGAAAACAUCCGGAGUCGUUGUCCCCACCCCUGAACCCCACCCCUGAACCCCACCCCUGAACGCCAC